AAAUGAAAACAACGAAAAAUAUGACACAAAAGAAAGAGCCAAAGACGAACAAGGAGCGGUCAAGACAACACAGAGUCAGAAAGAAGAAGUUCAUCGAAGAUACUAUCACUGAGUGCGCUGAGCUGAGGAAACAAGUUAAACAGUUGCAACAAGAAAAUUCUACACUUAAGGAAAUAAUAAAAGCUGGCAGUAAUAAUACAGAUCCGAGAGGACCUCAGACAAGACAAAAAUCUCAAUUUGAAAGUAGAUUACAUGAAUAUGAAGAUUAUACUUACAACAACAUAUAUAAAAAGAUGAUUGCGGAUCCAAAAGAGGUCAGAUAUACCGAGCUGGAACAAAUAAUGGAACAUGUUUGAGAAUGGAGUGAUGACCGAGUUGAUUACAUAAAGACUUGAUUCAAAAAAAUCCUUAACAGUAUGGUGAGUCAGAGCUCUAAAUGAUUCUAUGCUUGAAAUAAUAUCCUGCCAGCAAAUUCAUGGAAUAGUAAAUCAAAUCUUAGAAAAAGAGCAAAGAAAUAUUUUAACAAAUCAUCAGAACAGAAUGAAGCGAAGGAAAUAUUCUCAAACAUCGAGCUUUCAGCACAUGCCAAGUACUCCUUCAAGUGCCACAACAAAGAUCUCAAACAACUUCAUAAGAAAUUCAAGAAAAUAGGGCAAAAUCUGAUCAAGCAGAGGAACAAGUUGUUGAAUUUGUAUCAAGAUAUAAAAGACUAUGCCGAAAACUGCAAGUUCUCUGGAAGUUAUAGCAAGAUUGAUGUGGUCAACGACUUCCUUGUUCUAGAUAAGGUAAAAGAGACUGACUUGAUUCAGGACCAUAAAUUUUACGAUAUCCCUAAGAAAAAUCAUACAAAUGCUAGAUAUGAAGAAGGAGAGCUUACUGAAUAAAUAUUCCAAUGCUUCAA